GCGGCAGCGCCGGAGCCCCGAGCCCGCAGCAUCCUCCCUGACUCAAGAUGACGACGGCCACGCCACUAACCAAUAACACUCAGCUCUCAGUGAAUGUGACCACAAAGUCUCAAGAACAAAGUCUCUAUCAAAGUUCUGGAGCAAUAAUUGCUGCCAUCGUGGUGGGGGUGAUUAUUAUUUUCACAGUGGUUCUGCUCAUCCUGAAAACAUACAACAGGCGCAUGAGAGUGCGGCGGGAGCUGGAACCCAAAUCCUCCAAGCUGGCAGUGCCACCUCCUGUGGGGCACAACAGCCACAGCCUGGCCCAGCAGCCCUCGGUGACCUUCAUCCCUGUGGACAUCCACCUGCAGAGCAGGUAACAGGGAACACUCGCCCUUCCUGCCAGAGAAGAGAUGGAAUUGUUAUCGGCUGUUAUUCUCUCUGUAAAAUGAUGUAAAUCCUGGUUUCUUUCUUUGGGAGAAAAAACCCAGAGGUCUGGACACUUUUCUUAUGACUGAAAUAACAAGUGGAAGUCCAGGAAUCAUCAGGAUGGCAGCGAGGUCUCUUCUGGAUCUGGAUAAACCAAGAAGAGAAGAUGCCCAGGUGUUGUGGAACUUUUGUUUCCUCAGAGACUUUGAACCCUCUCUGUUCUGCUGAUAAACAGGAGGAAAAGUCUGGACCAACUCAGGUUGGACCUGAGUUUGUUAUGAGUUACAUGGAAGAGGUUUGUGGUUUAUUUUAUAUCUGAUGGGUAGUACAGGAGGUAUUGAAAUUGUAUUUAUCUUUACUCAUAUUUCAUGUUUCUAAUGCCACAUGUGUACAG